AUGGCGACUCUACAGGAUUCCCCAAUCAUAGCAGAGCUCUCCUCGCAAUGCUGGAGCAGGUUCUCAUGCACCCGGAGCAAGUUCACUCUCUCGGGGGCGCCUCUCCCAGAAGGCUUCGAGGCUCAUGACUUCCUCGAUCUGUUCGCACGAUUUCGCAUGUGGGCGGCCAAUUUGGGCGCACUGCAGCGAGAGAAGUCGUCUCUGGACCACCGCCUGCGGAACAGCGAGCUGCGUAUGGAGGUUUUGAGGCUUCUCACCGAGCUUCUCGCCGCGUUGACGGACCUGUACCCGCUCGUCGCCGGAGAAAAAGUGCAAGAAACAUGGUACUACGAAGACGACGAUAAUCCUGGGGAAGACUUCGAAAGCGACAGCUCGGGAUCUGAACCCGAGUCCGCAUCACAGAGCAGAACACGAAAGAGCGAACAGCCUCGCAUCCUAGUAACAGAGUCUGCCCAGCUUGUUCUGAUUAUCCAAGACACCGUCGCGAGUCUCCUGAAGCUAUCUAUCGUGAUCCACCGAUCCACGCGGCGGGCCAAAUUCGCACGAUCCUCAAAGGAAAAACAGUACGAUACGAGUUUCGACAUUGCACAUGUGGAAGCCGUGUUCCCGUACGCAGCCCAGAACAGACCCCUGAUUGAGCGGCUGGGCAGAGCGAACGCCCAGAGGCGACAGUGGCUUGCGUAUCGAAAGCGACAUCAUCAGCGCCUUGCCACUGCUGCUGCUGCCGAGCCCGGCGGCGGGAUAUUGAGGGAUCAACACGAACUAGCACAGACCGAGGUUGAUUCUAGCGUGCCUGGCUUCUCUAUCCCUAUCUCCUCUCACCGUCCCACACCAUCUGCACCAGGGGACUGGGAAGAGACCGAGGCAACGACUUUCUACCAGGAAUCGCAUGCCACCCGUGGUGAAGAUCGUGGCCGAGAUGAGGGAUCCGAAACAUCCUAUUCAGCGUCAUCCUCGUCGGAACUAGACAACGAGCACAUGUUGCUGCCCCGGCCACCAGCGGGUUCAGCGGACGGCAAUCCCUUCGAGUGCCCGUUCUGUUUCACAAUCAUCACUAUCGAGAGUCUCAGGUCAUGGGUGAAACACGUCCAUUCGGACCUCGCAUCGUACGUAUGCACAUUCCCUAACUGCCCCGAGCCGCUGUUCGAGUCUCGGCACCAGUGGUUCAACCACGAGAUGGAAGUCCACCGACGGCAAUGGCUCUGCCCCCUAUGCGACGAUACUUCCCUGCCGACGUUGCGGGAUUUUGAAGGGCACGCCAACGAAUUCCAUAGCAGCUGUGUCGGAAAAGAGGCACUGGUGGCGCUCGCAAACCAGCCACUGCAGCGGAUCUCGGCCGCUGCAUGUCCCCUGUGCAACUACCAGACAAAGUUGAACGUCAAACUACGAGCCCAGAGGGAAGUCCUCCUCCAGCCGAACAAGUUGAGAAACCAUAUCGCGCGACACAUGGAGCACCUCGCGCUGUUUGCUUUACCUAAGGACUAUCCUCGGCUAUACGAUGAGCCUCGGAUCGAAGAAGACGACGACGAGGUCGAGCCCCCCGAUGCAGGUGGCAUAGAAGGCAAGGGCGACGAAAAGGCUCAAAAACUGUUAGAAGCGGCGACGAUCGACUCGAUGGGGAAGGCCCUCGCGGCGCUUUCGCUGGAAGAGGAGGCCUCACCACCCCACAUCCUGGACUCUGCGCCGGCUCUAGCACUGGGCUGGCAACCUCCGCACGACUUUACCCCAGCGGCGGCGGACUUUGACAGUGAAGAUCCGGACCUUGUGCCCCGGCGUGAAGAGUCGAUGUUCGGGGGAGACCUUUUUACGCCCGGCUGGGUACGUGGCUACGGGGGCGCGAAGGAGGGCUACUGCGGCCGUUGCGAUGUCGGCCACUGGGUCAAUAUCCCGGACGGAACGUAUGAGAUCCAUUUAACGUACAUGCAUGGGCUAGCGUCCAAUGGCCUGCCAUUGCCGCGGCCGUCGACGGUGCGGAAGGUGGUUGGCAUGCCAGGCUCAUGGGAGGCCUUCUGCGACUCGUGCCAGGCAUGGAGGCUGUUACGCAAGUCGAGGCGGGGCUGGAACUGGUUUAGGCAUUGCUUAACGGAACAUGAUACCACAGCCACAGGGCAUACAAUUCAACGCGCCGAUACGCCAUUUCAGAGGGCUCGAAGGGGUAUACAGAAAGGCGACGCCAGCUACCUGCUGGAGACCCUUGAGCAGCAUCCAACGAUAGUCCGGCAAAUUUCCGACGGCGCCAACAAGACGCUUCUCCACUACGCCGCAGAGUCCGGACAUGUCGACGCCCUUAACAUGCUGUUAACAGCCAUCGACAGGUUGGCGUCCACACAGGAGGUCAUUGAUAUCCGCUCUGCACUGGGCGCAACCGCGUUGAUGCUGGCAGUCGGCCAGGGGAGCCAGGAUAUAGUGGAGAUUCUCGUGGAGCGGAAAGCCAACGUCAAUCUAGUUGACAAUGACUACAGAACCGCUCUUGACAUAGCCGCUCAUGCCGGGUAUGACGGCAUUGCGCACUACCUCAUCCAGCACGGAGCCGACAUGCGCAAAGCGAGAGACUUCCAGGAGAUAUAUUCCAAGUAUCAGGAACGGCAGCAGGCCGCCGCGUCCAGGAAACAGGACCUUCCAGACGACCAGACGCAAAAGGAGACCGCAGGAGCACGAUCCACUCCGUUUCCUUCCUCCGUGAAGAAAUCCCAGCCCCCGAACACAGCCACCUGGAACCACCUAAUGUCCGCAGUCUUCGCCAACGAUCUCGCGGGCGUAAAGCAAACCCUCCACAACGGCACCGACAUCGAAAGCCAAGCACACGACGGGCGCACUCCGCUCAUGCUCGCCGCCUCGCGGUCAAACCAAGCCAUCAUAACCCAUUUGCUCGAAAUGGGCGCCAACAUCGACGCCGUCGACAACAAAGGCUGGACCACGCUCAUGCACGCCGUGACGGACAACAACCAGCCAAUCGUGGAUCUCCUGCUCUCGCGCGGGGCAGACGCCAACCAUGUCUCGCCGGACCACUGGGCCGCCCUCGCUGAGGCGGCCCAGCACGGCCAGACGGAGAUCAUGGCGUCGCUUUUGCGCUGCGGCGCGGACCCGGAGUCGCGGUCAUCCCAUGAUUGGACGCCGCUUAUGCAUUGCUGCUAUAAGGGCGAUGAGAUGGGCGUGAGGCUCCUGCUGGGCUAUGGCGCUGAUGUCGUGGUUGGGUCGCAGCAUGAUGAGACGCCGCUGUUACUUGCGGCUGCGGCGGGGCAUGUGGAGAUUGUGCGGAUUCUGCUGGUUGAUGCGAGGGCGCCUGCGGAGGGGGAAUGGGCGCGGAAGAUUAUAGAGCGUGAAGGGGAGGACCGAGACCUGCGGGAUCCUGGUGCUGGUGCUGGUGCCGGUGCCGAGGUUGAGAGGGCGUAUCCACUCGGGUGGACGCCGUUGAUGGUGGCCUGUCAAGGCGGGCAUGCUGAGGUUGUGAAACUGCUCGUUAUGGCUGGGGCGAAUUUGGAGCUGCGCAGUCCGAUGGAGAAAACGGCACUGGAGAUUGCUAGGGAGCAUGGUUGGGUGGAUAUUGUUGGCAUUCUAGAGGGACAUGGUGGUGGUGCUGGUGUGGCUCGCGCUUAG